UAACGCUGGACAUCACUCUCGCUCUUCCCUCACACCUAAACAUGGCUCUUAAGGUUUACGUCCUCGCUGCCCUUGUGGUAGUCGCUAUUGCAGACAAUAUCCCCUACACCCCUCCACGUCCCUCCUACAACGCUCCUGCCCCUGUUGGUCCUGCCCAGUACAACUUUGACUGGUCAGUGAACGACGGCAACUCCGGCAACGACUUUGGCCACUAUGAAGGUCGUAAUGGCUACGACACCGAGGGAUCUUAUUACGUUCAGCUUCCCGACGGUCGUCUACAGAGAGUUACCUACACCGUGAACGGCGAUUCCGGCUAUGUGGCUCAAGUAGACUACGAGGGCGAGGCUCAGUACCCAGCCUACCAGCCCUCUCCUAGCUACAGGCCAACCCCUGGUUACGCUUAACGAAAUAGUUAAUACACAUGUUUAAAUCUGCAUAAAUUAUUACAUUAAUAAAAAAUACUAAAAGA